AUGGCGCUGCCCGUGGGGCUUCUGUCGGUUUCAAUCUACUGGUUCCACAGUGUGGCCGGUCUCCAACAUGGAGAAACUAUAACUCAUCUCCCAGAAGUCAAAGAGGGCAAGUGUUUCUUUCCAUUCCGCUAUAGAGAUGGAAUCUUCUAUGACUGUGUCCAGUUCAAGGUAAAACACAAGUGGUGUUCCUUGAAUGAAACUUAUGAAGGAUAUUGGAAGUACUGUUCUGAAGAAGACUUUGCAAAAUGUGUGUUUCCCUUCUGGUACAGACGCCUCAUUUACUGGGAAUGUACCGAGGACGGGGAUUCGUUUGGGAAAGCAUGGUGUUCACUGACCCGGAAUUAUAACAAGGACAGGGUUUGGAAAUACUGUGACUGA